CUUCAUUUUUCUGCAGGUAUCGGGAAUAAUAUUUCACUUUUCUCCUCCCCGGAACAAUUCGAACUGUUCCAGCGAUAAGAGAAGGUGACUUUCGGGAAGUGGUUACACAAUUAGGUAAAGAGGCAAAAAAGGGCAAAAAAUUAAGUGCUGCGGAGGAAUUCCGGCCAGGCUGAGAUACCUCGGCGUGUGCAGAGUGAAGGCGAUUGAGUGGGGCUGAGGAAAUUGUCCUCGGUGCAGGGGACUCUCAAUAGGUCCUCGGCCCCUGCCUGCCCCUGUCGUCAACAGGGAGAUGGAAAGCUUGAUGACUAGUUCCACUCUGCCGCCUCUUUUUGCAGAUGAAGACGGCACCAAGGAGAGUAAUGAUCUGGCUACAACCGGAUUAACCCACCCAGAAGUCCCAUAUGGCAGUGGAGCAGCAUCGUCCACCACCAAUGCAGAAUUUGUGGAGGAUCUCUCCCAGGGCCAGUUGCUUCCAAACGAGUCCUCAAAUGCUGCAGAAGGCAGUGAGCAGAGGCAGGAAGAUGAGCAAAGAAGUAAACGAGGAGGUUGGUCCAAAGGGAGAAAGAGGAAGAAACCCCUUCGAGACAGCAAUGCACCCAAGUCCCCCCUUACAGGAUAUGUGCGGUUCAUGAACGAACGUCGAGAACAGCUUCGAGCAAAAAGACCUGAGGUCCCAUUUCCAGAGAUCACAAGGAUGUUAGGCAAUGAGUGGAGUAAAUUGCCUCCUGAGGAGAAACAGCGCUACCUUGAUGAAGCCGACAGAGACAAGGAGCGUUACAUGAAGGAACUGGAGCAGUAUCAGAAGACUGAGGCAUACAAGGUGUUCAGUAGGAAAACACAGGACCGUCAGAAAGGCAAAUCUCAUAGGCAAGAUGCAGCCCGACAGGCCGCUCAUGAUCAUGAGAAAGAAACCGAGGUAAAGGAACGCUCCGUGUUUGACAUUCCUAUAUUUACGGAGGAAUUCCUGAACCACAGCAAAGCUCGCGAGGCCGAACUCCGCCAGCUUCGGAAGUCCAACAUGGAGUUUGAGGAGAGGAACGCAGCCCUGCAAAAGCACGUGGAGAGCAUGCGCACGGCGGUGGAGAAGCUGGAGGUGGACGUGAUCCAGGAGCGGAGCCGCAACACGGUGCUCCAGCAGCACCUGGAGACGCUGCGGCAGGUGUUGACCAGCAGCUUUGCCGGCAUGCCCCUGCCCGGAAGUGGAGAGACACCAACAGUGGACACCAUCGACUCGUAUAUGAACAGACUGCACAGUAUUAUUCUAGCUAAUCCCCAAGACAAUGAAAACUUCAUAGCUACAGUUCGAGAAGUUGUGAACAGGCUUGAUCGUUAGGGACUGGUCUUAAAACUCCAAGAUGUUCUGUAAGUUUUUGCUUGUGCGGAAUGAGAAGCCAUCGUGGAAAUGUGAACUGAGUGGGGGCAGAGAAGGACAAGAGAUCCCUUUGCUUGUGAAAGAAUUGUCAGUGAGUGACAUGCCUUCACCCCAGGAAAUCAUGUGAGGGAGCAGCACAGGCACAUGUAUGGCCUUCCCACGGAACCAUCCUUUGUGAGGCUCUGCAUCUUCAGUUUCCUGUCAUUCCUAUUUCUGAUGAAGCAUCCGCUCUGCUGGCGAGAUGACCCUGCAGCCGCCAUCUUCCACAGCACUGCAGCAGAAACGAAGACGUCCCUUUGUUACAGCUCCAUUGGGCCUUUAUCAGCGCACGCCAGUUUCCUUCCCUAGCUGUCACUUUUUAAUGCCUUGACGGGUGAUUUUUUUUGCUUCUCUUCACCCCUACCAGGUUACACAUCUCCAUCUUCUGACCUCUGGGCUUUGGCUCGGCAGGGCUCUGAAGGAGCGUUUCUCUCAUUGGACGGGCUCAGUCUUCUCCCACCAUUGCCCUGCUGUGACUCCAAAGAAAGGAGCUUCUUGCUGACAGUGCCCUGUGGAGGAGUGCUGUGUUUCCUGCCCAUGAGGUGCACAGUUGGUGCCAGCCCUCAGCAGUCCCUGUGAUUGCCGCCCUGGAGGAGAAUGCUCUCUCCUUCCUCCCUGGUCCUGCCUGCUGUUCUCUGAGCAUUACUCCUGCUCAGAUACAGAGUCCCAGCCCCAGCAAGGCUCUUUGGUCCUCCUCUGUUGGCAGAGCCUUGUGAAGCAUUUUUUCUGAGGAAAAGGUCAAUGGUAAACAGGGAGGAAGGAAGGAGUAGCUGUCACUUGGUAUUGAAAAAAACACCCAAAGUGAAAGUGGAAGACUCCCUGUCUUUAGGCGCCCAGAUUGGCAGAUUCACACAGGUGGAGAUGACCUUGGACAUUGUCUCUUGAGCUGACAGAAGGUCACAAAGGAAUUCUCGAGCUUUGUCUGACUUCUGUAGCCAUUAAUUGCCAAAUCCAUGUGAGGAAGACAGGCUUCCCUUCCCUCUCCUUAGGGGUUUCUGGUUUUUAACAGCAAGGGUAAGAGGGUUCUGAUUCUCCUCAGGGUCUUGUUUUUUAUUUUGUUUUUUUCUUCUUCAUGCUCUAGAGCACAAGGCUAAAGGUGGCAGCUGAGAUAUUUGGAACCAAAGCAGAACAUGCUGAGCCCAUUGUCUAGGCACCCUGCCACCAAAGCAAGGGGAUGAAGCAUGGCCCCUAAGCCCAGGGGGUGAGCCAGAGCCCCUAUGGUGAGGCUGCACCACUGUCUUCUCAGCAUCACGUUCCCCAUGUGUGUGCUUUAUUAAUCCAAAGGAAAACAGCAACAGUAUCAGAAACCCCUUUUAAUGCCUCCAUGCACUGAAGCCCACAUACCGCUACUUGGCAGUCUUUUAGCUAAGACCCCUUUGCUGUCUCUUGUUAAAAAACCUGCCAACACUGCUGCUUCUGCAUCCUCCCAUUUCCCUGCUCUCAUCUGCUGUUUUUGCCACUUCUCUUAGACUUCUUGCCUGUUAAGUCCAAGCUAGAACGAACUGUCUGUGGCAGAAGGACAUCCAAGCUGGUUCUGGAAAUUUGUAUCUGCUUCCGCCAGAUGCUUCCUGUCCUUUCUUCCUUCCUCCUAGAGUUACUGAUUCUCCUUCAUGGUAGCUAGCACUGCUUUUGCGACCAGGAAAGGCUUAGUCCAAAGAUCAGCCUUCUCCUGACUUGAGAUGGGCACCUCACAGCGACUGGACUCAUUUGCGUAUUCAGAAUGCAUGAGAUCAUCAGAGAGCCUGUGGCCCUGCAGCCUGGAAUCACUGUCACAGAAGCAGCAGCUUGCUGUCAAAUGCUGGCUCUUCAGUAGCUCCACACCUGACUCACUGGUGGCUGGGAUUCAGCUGCCACAAAGGUGCCAGGUUCUGUGGGGCAGGUCUGCACCACCUCCUCUCCUCUGUGCUUAGUGAGGAAAGGGUAAGUGAGGUGACAGGUUGGCAGGAGACCUAACCCAUGAUUCCCAGCAAACCAGUAGGUGUGUCUGCACUCAUGUUCUUCUCAAGAAAUAAGCUGUUGCCUGUUCAGUGUUACAAAUUUCCUCCUUUUUAUUAUAACACAAGGAGCAGCUGAGGAAAAGCAGACAAGGUGUUUUAUUUCUGACAAAUUUUAGGAAAAAAAUAUUGUGUACAUGUGUUUGGAACUGUUGAAAUGCCAAGUUUUCUGUACAAGUGUUUUUGUAAUUAAACUUCUAGAUUUUCUGUUUUUUAAGAAGUUGAUAUGCUUGCUUGACAUUUGUCUCAUUAAAACUUUUCUAUGUUGACACCUCCUGAUCCAGUUUUGCUUGCAUUAUAAUGAAAAAAAGUCCCACCUCUGCUUUUUCCUCCUAAAGACUUUUGUCAACUCUACGUUAAUCAUCAAGUCUGUGAGGCUCUUAAAACACUAACACAUUCAUUUUACUAAUUGCUUAUUCACAAUGUGUUUUCAACUGUUUGAGGAUUCAUCUCUUUGAAUGUGUGGUUUAACAAUACAGAGUUCUGAUUCAUUUUAAUGUGGCAUUAGUAUUCUGGAGGCAACUUGAAGGAUGCUUUUAAAGUCAGGGACUGUGAAGGCCCCUUGAUAGUUGAUCUUUUGACAGAAAAGGUAAGUGUGCUUAAAUGCUUUUUUUAAAAUACCCAGCAUUUACCUGUAUUUAUUUAUUUAUUUAUUUAUUUAUUUAUU